AUCGCGCGAAACAAUAAGCUCUGUAUAACAAAAUCAAAGUUAAUAAUAUAAAAUAAAACCUUAUAUCAUCUUUCAUCUCUGUUAUUUCAUCUUUCAUCUUAUGCUUUUUCUUCGUGCUUUUUCGUUCGUGUUUAUACUUAUGUUUGCAUAUGUUAAUUAACAAAUGCGUGCGAGUCAUUUUAAUGUGCCGUUCUUGCUUAUCGACAUCAUAAGUAUCUGAAUUGGAGAUUAUGGAUUAUGAAUAUGGGAGAGGGAACUCGUAUAUAUGACGAUAUCGCGUGUCUGUGCAGCACAGGAUUGCACGAUCAAGAUACUGGAAUUCAGAUUUUGUUUCCUAACGCUGCUCACAAACAUCCUUAUUUCUAAAAUGUUAACGUCGAGUGUAUACCUUUACAUUCUGUUAUCUUUCUGUACGAGAAUAAUUUACGGCCAAGCAUCGUGUUCUUGCGACUUACCGGACUCCAAUUUCGCGACUGACGUUAAUCUUCUCUACUAUAAAUGUAAUGGUGAAACUUCUGCAACGAUCGCCUAUCCCAUCGCGGCACCGGAGGGUUUGUUAAAUGUGUUGGAAGAUAAACGAACGAUCUUUUACAUCUUUGGAUACUUGGAAACUCCAGAAGUUAAGAAUGUUCAAACAAUAAUGGAAGCGCUUUGUUAUGAAAAAACAGACAAUGUUGUUUUACUUGAUUGGAGCAAACAUUCCAACGGCACUUACAUGACCGUAUUUCGAAAUGCUCAAAAAGUUGGCCGUUUAUUCGCUCAAAGCAUACGAUUGCUUGUGAAUAGUGGUCUCGACGUAUCGAAACUUUACAUCCUCGGGCACUCCUUGGGCGCUCAUCUAGCAGGUUUUGUUGGCAAAUGCAACGACUUUAUUAUACCUCGCAUCACAGGUUUAGAUCCCGCAAAUCCUUUUUUUUAUUGGCCAGGCUGCUACCUUACGCCUAAAGACGCCGCGUGGGUUGAUACCAUUCAUACCGAUAUGGGUGUAUAUGGUACUCCGUUAUCUAUGGGAACAGCGCAAUAUUAUGUAAAUCGCGGCACUCGUCCUCAACCUGGCUGUAAACUCAUUGCUAUACCAUUAAGCGAUGCAGAUUUCUGCAGUCAUAGAAGAUCAGUCAAAAUAUACGCAGAAUCAAAGUACAACCCUAACAAAUUUACUGCAGUGCAAUGUUCUUCUUAUAUUUCUUAUAUACUAAAUCGCUGCAAUGACAGUUUGCAAACCGGCAUUGGAUACGCAGCGUCGAACGUACAAGGAUCAUUUUAUUUAACAACUGAUGCCUUAUAAAGAAUGUGAGCCAAUAUGGAGAAGCUAAUAUAGAAAAUGAGGAAAGAUCGUGCUUCUUGAAAUAAUGAAUAAUAGCUGCAGAGAAAGAAUUAAUUUUGUGAAUUGAUUAUGCAUGUUUGUUUUUUUGCUGCAUAAUAUAUAGAAUACAGUUUCAUGUAA